AUAGUUUUACUAUAAAACAAACAUCUUUAGUUAUAAUAUUAAAAUGAGUUCAAACAGUUUUGUGUUUGCAUAAGAUCUGUUUUGACAAAUCGCUGAACUGCAAAUGCUGUGAUAUACAAAAUGACAAGUUAAAAAGAAACCAGCACUUCAUCCCUAAACAGUUCUCAGUAGUUGAGUUUUCAGUAAAAUUAGAUAAGCUGUUAAUAUCGGUAAUAUUCAGUUUCCUAGUAAUUUCUGCAACCCUUUCCUACCUGUUAUAAAUUCUUCCUUUUUGGCGGGAGGAAGUCUUACUGAAAUCUUAAGAUCAGCUCAGUAUUGUCAGUUGGAAGAGGUCCUACAUCUGAGUAAACACUAGAACAUGAUAAUGCCAGUGGUCACACAUCUUUUCUUCUGAGGAACUGUAGAUUGCCUGUCUACAGGCAGUCUCUGCUUUUUGCCUUAAGGCACUUUUGUUGUGUUCCUUGAAGACCAAAUUUAUUCUCCCUUGCAGCAGUCUAACCACUGUUUGCUUCCAGGGCUCGAAGCACCUGUCUUUGUGCACUGAUUAUUUGCUUGUUUAUAUAUUACGUUUUAUGUGUGGCUUCACUCUGAUUUUGCAGAGACAUUUCCUAAUGAGAAACUUCAGGUUAACACAAUAUUAAUUUCAGAAAUAAUGUAUAAAGUCAUUGAUCAUUCAGUCUCAAAAAGAAAGCUGAGCUACUUUAAAACUUUAAGCUGGGGAGAAUACUGUGUUAAAAUGCAGGUUCCUUUGUAAUGUUACAAAAAUAAAAUGGUUUCUAGUGAUCCGUAGUAACUUUAAGGCAAGAUGUCUUUUAAGAAGCAAUGUAUUAAUGGAAACUGGUGGGACUCACCUAUCUCUGUGACAGUGUGCAGCCACUAACUGUAGCUUUAAACUCUGGAUUUAAACUGUUUUCUUCAAACUUUAAUAAACUAUCAUUUUUACUACACUGCAGCAGAGAGGUUUAGAUGAAACAAGGGCAAACUCAACAUGUAUGCAUAUUUGGGGUUUGUCACUGUGGUGUUUUAAAUUGUAUUUCUAUUUUGCUGACUGAGUCAGAUGAUCCUUAGUACUAGUAGUGUCAGUAAUAGCCAUUAUAAUAUGUAAAAGUUAUGCCCCUAGAUGUUGUGAAUAGUCAUAGAUAGGAAGUCUUGUCUUUUCUGUGUUUUAACACUUAAAUAUUUUACACUUUUAGAAGUAUUUUCUUAGUAAAAAUCAUGAGAGGUAGACCAUGAGAGGAGAUGAUGGGGUAGAAGCUGUAGACAGAAAGCGAGGUUGCUAUGCCCUAUUCUAUGACUGGGAGAUUGUGUCCUGCCAGUUAGUACGUGUUGGGUUUCUUCUUUUAUUUUCAUUUUUAUUUCUUCCCCCGUAGUUUUUCUUUUUUUCCUUUCCUUCCUGUUUCACCUCUCCUGUGCCUACUGAGAAUGGAGUGGGACAGCCUGCUUGUGUGCUGUUUCUCAGACAGUGAAAAUAGGAUAUUCUAAAUUUGAUAAUAGCACAUUUGUUUAUUUUCUGAACGCCAAAUGGCUAUGCUACAUCUGAGUAAUAUCACUCACUGUGGAGAAGAUGACUGUUAUUACCUGAUAUAAACCAAAUUUUCUCUAUGUUUUAUUCCCAACACAUUCUUGUUCUUUUAGAUAUGUCUGUAAUAUCUUAUAUUUGCUAGGUAACUGAAAAAAUGCUUGCAUAAAUAUGAUGAAUUUAAAUUAGAAGCGUGUGUUUUGCAAGGAAAAUGUAACACAUGGAAUGAAUGGUCCUUUGUUGGGCUGACUGUUAGACUUUCAUGAAGUAAAAUGGUAAUUAAUACUUUUUAACAGUUGAGGUAAAAUAUACAGUAACCAUACACAGACACUUUCAAUAGUUCAUGUUAGUCCAUGUUCCAGUUUUUUCUUCUUUUUUAUUCUUACAGUAUUAAUUACUUGCCUCACUCCCCUUGUUGAAAAACGUAAAGAAAAAUUAAGUGUAUAUAUAUAUGUAGUAAAUCUUUCUUUCCCUGAAUGCUUUAUUGAAAGAGGGAUUCUGACUCUAUCAGCUAAAUCUGUUUUAUAACAAAAAAGUUUAACUUAUCUUCGAUAUUAAAUAUGGACACUUGUGCUGGACUUUUACCACAGUUCAGGAAUAUCUAGAUAUUAAUUAUAAAACACCUUGCAGUGUACUGAUGAAUCACUUCCAUCCAACUUACCCAUUUUUGCCAUGCUGGUCUUCAGUGGAUUUGAACUGACAUAAUUAAAAUGUGUCAGAGAAAAAAAAACAGAUUUGCAAUUUCAAUAUUUCUUUUUCAUUAGAGGAGAGAGUAGCUUCUCAUAGUCCUGCUAAUAUUCAUUGUCUUUAGAUGGCUCUUUUUUUACUGCCUGGCCUGCUGUCUGAGACUAUCAAAAAAGGUGUUAGUUAAUACUCAUUAUAACUAAUGAAUAGCUUUGGUAUAUAAAAAAAUAAUCUGAAAUGUUUUUUGAGAGCUUCUAGAAAACACUGUAAGAUGCUAAUUUUUAAUCACUGAAUUGUUAUGUCUGGGACCUAAAGUCUUAAUUAUAAUCAUGCAGCUGCUUGAUUUUUCUAAACUAAAUAUGUUCACAUCUAUUUCAUUUACUGUAUCUGGAGCUCAAGACUGUGCAAGCUGCAAUUUGUGCCGGAUAUCACUCUUCUGUAUUUCUCAGGCUGCCAUCCGCAUUUCACGGGUGGGGGAUGGUUUUCACCAGUUUUGUUUUAGCCCCUGGGCAAUGUCUUGAGUCCUUUUUGUCAAAAUGUACCUUCAAACUGAUCUGUUCUGAUAUAGUGCUUUUUGAGACAAAUACGUAGGUAAAACUCAUAUAAUGACUUGCUGUGUACUUAAUCCUACAGAGGCAUGUUUGGAACUUUGGUGGGUAUCAGAUCUAUAGGAGCCACCACUGCUGGCAAAGUACAUACACCUGCAUUUAUUUCCCUAUACGCCUUUUUUUUUUUUCUUCUUGACAAUACCGAAUAUAAUUAUUUUCUUAAUAACUGAAUUUCUUCCUUGCUGUGUUUACUCACUUAAGAGAAUCAAUCAAGUUCUAUUUUCUUUCUUUAAAACAGUACACAAUUUAGAAAACAAAUUAUGUGUUACAGCUCUGUUUAGAGAGCAUAAAACGUAUCAGUUAUUAACAUUUCUUCUUCCACUUCUUUAAAUGCAUUGUACUGUAUCAAUAUGUCAACACCUAUUUAUUGUUAAAUACUUUAAAUGAGCAUGCUGGAGAUGAGGGUCAAGAAUAUUUUGUCAUUUAUUAUAUUGUUUCUCAGAAGAACACAGUGAUUGUUUUUAAAAUGUGCUUUGUGCGAACAUUCUAGCUUCUAACUGAAAUUUAUGAGCUAUAUCCUACAGGCUGUAACUCGAAAAAUAAAAGAGAGUAGAAAACAGAGCAAACCAUGUGCAUAGGUGAGGUACAGAAACAAGGGCAAGCUCAUGAGUCUUGUGUUUGGUGUAGCUAGACUGCUUAUGCUACCAAAAUUAUUUCAUAUUCAAGUACAAUAUGAGGCUCGGACAUAGUGAAAAGAAGCAAUUUUUCUCUCCCAGAUUAGUGUCUGCAGAAAAGAUUGGAGCUGUCUAUUACAUAUGUAUUAUGGACAAAAAAUUGCUCUAAUCCCAAAUUAAUGUAUUUUAAAUAGAGCUUUAUUCACAGGGCAUGAAUAGGUUUGUCUGUCUAAGCCAACUGUCUCAAAUCACAGCUGCACAUAAAACCUGUCAUCAAAGACAAUGCUGAAGAGGACUUCAAGAGGAAUUUUUUUUAGCCCUGGGCUCCCCAGCCUUUGUGAAGAAAGCCUCCCCUGUUAGUUCUUUCUCCUCUUUGUUGCUCUACUGCUGUGCAUCUCAUCUGAUUGUAACUGCCACUAGACAAUUAACAUUAACAUAGAUGUGGAGCCCACACCGAGCCUUUCAAAGUCUCAUAGGUUGCUUUCUGUGUUAUACCACACUGUUAUGGCUGUGCCUCACCAGUUCAGAACAGGUAACCCAGUCUAUCUUCUGACUGUGUGCUGUACUCUGUCACUAUAUUUGUCCCAUGUCUAUAUGCGUAUGCACAUGAUACUGUUUUGUUUUUAAAAUUAUUUCAAGGAUAGUAAUUGAGAUAAAACAUACUAAUGAGUAAAUGCACUUGUUUUAUAACUGUUUUUCAGUUAAAAUUGACUUUCCCUAGUCUUGAAUUCAGCUGCACUGAAAAUGUUGUUCUUGAGAGAUUUGCAUUUGCUACAUUUCUUAUUUUAAGACAAGUAGAGAAUUUCUCUCUGUUCUGUAAGGUUACAUAUCUUCAGAUGUCCUUGAACACCAAGAUAUGUAUUAGGGGAGCAAAAUGAAAAGAGGGUCUUGUGGCUUUCCUUUAAGACAGAAAAUAAGUUAUAUCAUGAGGCUUUUUUAUUUCUAAAGUUAUUUCUGUGGAAAAGCUGCUUUAAUUUCGGUGUUUUUUCCAAAGUUCUGUCAUACCAACAGGCCACCUGGCAUCAACCUGUCCUGAUCAUCUGCUGUCCUGAUAGGUAGCCUGGAUAGAGCUCCUGGAAGAGGCUGCCUUUGAAAAAUGUUUCCCUUUCAGUGCAACAGGUUUAAACAAUAGCAGCUGAUUUUUAAACGCAGGCUAAUGGACUUGUGCAGGGAAUUCUUUUUGAUUGCAAUUUUUCCUUUUAUUAGCCUGCUCUAGUACCUGAAAAUUUACCACCAUUGCAGUCUGUCUUGAUAAAGGUACUGUGACACUUUCCAAAUUUGGAAUAAGGAAACCCUCAGUGGUGGAGAGAAGCAAAUCAUCAUUACUGAUUUGCCUUUCUGUGAGACUAGUGCAAUCUGUAUGCUGCUGUCAUUUAAGGGCAAAAGGCUACAGUGAAAAUGAAGUAGUCAUAUUGAAGUUUGUGACAUUGUUUCAAGACCAGGUUGGGAAAUUCUAAGAUACCUUUGAUUUAAGCAGUAAUCUUCAAAUCUAAGUUGGCUUUAACUGGGGCAAUAGACAGAUUACAUUUUAGUAUCAUGUACUCUGACAUGCUUGCUCUUGCAUCAGAUGUUAGUUCUGUUCUUGAAAGACUGCACUGUCCAUCUCCAGCUUAACUUCUGGUUCUUGGUAUUGAUAUAGUUUUAAAAAGCCUAGGGGUUAUUGUGCCCAGUAAUUCAUGCAUAGGAUUCUUCGCUGAUGAGCUGUUACAAGAACAGAAAAUAAAAAACUUAAAAGAAACUAGUUUACUCUUUACCUUCAAGUAAAUAAGUGAAAAUUUAAAUGGGUAAAAUGAGUUUGCUUCUUUCCUUAUAUUCAAGUAUUUGUUGUAAAAUAAAAAUCUUCAUAUAUAAAUGUUUCAAUAACACACAUUUUAAACACUUCAGGAACUUAAAAUACCAAAGUCCAAGGUUUGCCAUGAAAAUGUAAAGACAUGAAAUUAAAUAGUAUUUAAGGAGCUUUGAACUUCAGUUUUCCCUGCCUGUUCGAUUCCUUUUUCUCAAGCAUCCUCUGGUACCUGAGGUGCGAAUCAGAUGUUCACACUUCACAGUGCAAUGAGAAAUGAAAGUGAAUGAAUGACAAGAAACAAAAACUGCAAACCACUGUGUUGUUUAAUGGUCUUAACCUCUGAGACCGCAGCUGUGGGAAGCUGUAUGGUUUUCCACUGCUCAGUAUGAAAAGGGAAGGGUGUCCACCACUCUUUCCUGUUUGUGAAUUUGAAUUUUAAUCUGGCUUUGUGAGAAUACCAUGCCUUGUUGCCAACACCCACACUUGCCCCCUGACUGAAUGUUGUCUCAUUAAAUAAACUGGUGUUUCUUUCAGACAAUAAAGUGUUAGAUGCAAAGGGUUGUUGAAACAAACAGGUUUCAUUGUGGUUCAGGAUAAUCUUAUUCAUGUUACCCAUGCAGGACCAAUUUCUCCUUGAUAAUGAGGAGCAGAGCUAAUUUUUGAACUUGUACAUUCAGGUUUCUUGGUUUGAGCUUUUUUAAAAUGUUUUUUACACUGUUGGUGGAAUAGUUUGGAGUGUUAAUAUAGCUGUUGCUCGCCCUCUUAAUGCCUUUUUUUCAUGUUUUGAACACCCUUUUCUGAGUGGGAAGGGUACUUGUUGGUAAGAAUAUAUAAAUUUAUUUACAUAAGGUGCUAUCAUAAGGGAAAAAAUAACUGAAUUAUUGGCUUGGAAAAAAAACCUGAUAAAGGUGUGUGGAAGGUCUUGCUACUUGAACUGUACUCAGUUUCUUUUGUUCACUCUGUAAUUAAAUAAACCAAAGAUACAUGUUUGGUUUGCAAUAGCAGAUGGCAUAGGAACAAGCAUUUUGGUAGUUUUUUACACUAGAUUCAAUGGCCUGACAAGAAAAGAUUAGCUGUGAAAUUUUGUGUUUAACCAAAAGGAUUAUUGUAAAACACAUUUCUAAGUGCUAAGGUAUAGUAUGAGUCAGUAAGAAAAACUUACUGACAGGUGAGGCUUUAUAGAUCUUAUAUUUAGAGUCAUAUCUUGACUGAUGAGAUAAAUCUGGCUGGUUAUUCGUAGAUGUGAGUGUGUGGUGUAUGAGGAAAACCAGAAGGCUGGGUGGGUUGAGGAGAGGUUGGUCUCAUCUUUGCCAAAAGAGAGUUACCAAGAAUAUGGAGCCAACUCUUCUUGGAGGCACACAGCAAAAACGUGUGAGGCAAAGGACACAAGUUAUAGCAAGAGAAAUGCUUAAAAGACACUGAGAAAAAAAAAUCAUACUGAGUUUAGUUAAACCCUUGUACACAUUGACAGAAAGGCAGAGUUGUUUCCACCCUUGGAAAACGUCAUAAUGCAACAUGGCAAGGACCUGAACAUCCUCAUCUAACAUUGUUGACUGUUCUUUGAACAGGAGUUUAGAUGAUCUCUCAAGUUCCCUUCCAACCUAAAUUACUCUGAGUCUACAAUUCUUCUUGUUAGAAAUGCAACAUAUUCCCGCAUAAGCUUUUUCUCUUAAAGUUAAACAUGCUUGCAAAGCUAUAAACCUCUUUAACUUGCAUUCUAAAACUAUCUUUUGCUGCUGAUAUAGGUGGCAUAAUGUAUACAGUCACAGAGUUGAAGGGGAAGGAAAUGAAAUGAUGAACUAGUAUAGGAAAAGGAAAUUCACUUACACUGUGCUAUGAAUUUCUGGAAGUGCAUAUACACUCCUGGUAUAAGUGUGAUGCAUCAUCUGGUGAAGCUAUUGCACUGAAAAUAGAUUUCCUGAACGUAUGCUGCAUUUGUUCAAUUCUUCCAGCUUAGCAUUUUGAUAGACAAUAAACUGUAGCUGCAUGGUGAGCUUUAGUGAAUGUGCUAUGGGAACACAUCAUUAUUUUAACUAAAAUAUAAUUCCUUUUGUGAACAAAAUUUUUGAAGCAUUACUGUUGAUGAAAGUACCAUUCCAAUUUAUCCACCCAAGUCCUAGUGGCUACUUUCCCGGUAGAAAAUUUCAAAUAAUUUAAAUAAUAAUUUAAAACUAUUUAUCCAUAGUUUUUAACCAUAUACAGAUAUGGUCAAUUUCUUGUUCUUAAAAUCUGCUGCCUUCCACAAGUCUGUUGUUCUUGUUUGUGUACUUCAGUUAUUCUCAAGGAAGAAUUCUUUCUAAUACCAGGCAAUGGAUCUGAGAACAUUUCAGUUAGUUUCAAAUUAGUGUUUUAAGACUGCUGCUAAUAGACUUUUAUGAGUUGUUCUGUGCUCUUCCACUCAAAUAUACAUUCAAAUAGAACAUAUAUAUAAUAUCUUGCUUACAUGUAACCCUUUCUUUUUAAAUAUAUAUCCUUAUUAAAAUGUACUACACUUUUCUUGCCAAUUCAAAAACCAAUCAUGUUGCAUCCAGAAAGUCAGUCUCAAAGUUGAAUUGCAAAUCUGUGAUAAGGCAAAUUUUGCAGCAAACCAAGAAGUCACAGAGUAUCAGAAUAUAUGAAAGUUUCAUGGAAAGUCAGUAAACUGGAAUACGGUCAAUAGAGUUAAUGCAGAGUACGUGAAAGUAUCUUUUUAUGGGUGGUGGCAGCAGCUUACAAAUGUGAAUGUUUGGAAUUUAUAGAAAAUCACUAAGAAACUUGUGUGUACCAUGAAGUCCUCAAGUUUUUCUCUAAUGGUACUCUUAAGUAUGCAGCACAAAAAGUUUACAUGUCAUUUUUAUGGUCUUUCUGUUCAUAGCAAUGCUGAAUAAUCUGUAUAUAAAUUUAUCUAAAAGGCAACAAAAAGGUGUUGCUGCAAAUAUCUUCGACUUGUUUGGCUUAUGAAUAAUAAUCCCAGUUUUAACGGUGAGUUCUCAGAAAAGAGGUGAUAAUGGAAGUGUUGGCACAUUCAGUCUCCUUAGCAGGUGUUACAAUAAAAGAAGCUUUAAGAACCUCAAGAACAGCACAAGGGCAAAACCUACAGAUGUUUCCUUCAGUUGUUUGUAAAGAGGGAGUUUUGCUACAGUGCUAUUGUUUCAAUUGUCCCUUUUCUCUUGGGGUUUUACUCCGCUGUAUUUCAUCAUACUCAGUUCUCAGAAUAGCAGAAUUCCCUGGUAGGGCACAGCAAAUUGGGGGGGAGGGAUCUUUCCUUAUGACCUUUCCUUUCUCUCCUCCUGACAGGAGAGUUAAGACUUUUCAGGGCAAAGAGUUUUAUUAUGAAGAUCAGCACCAACAUAGAAACCCAUAUUGAGUGAAAGAUUGAAAUGACAUCAUUUUAGAUAGAUUGUGGAGUAAGAAAAAGAAAUUACAUGCAGUUUUGAAGUGUCUGCUUAUUAGCUGCAUCAAUGGAAAGCUUAAUCUCCUUGCAAGGAAGGGCUCUCUUUCUCGAUGAAAAAGUUGAAUGGCUGGUCUGGUCAUCUGAACAAGAAUCACCAAAGAAUGUAUUGGGAAACAGUCCAGUGCAGAGACCUCUGACCCAUAUCUCACCUAAAGCCUUCGCUGAGUCUCCCAAUGGAGUUGGUAACAUUUCUGGCUCUCACCCAUUGGAAGGCGUGGAUAAGCAGUUCUUAGAAACGUAUGACAACAUUACAAAAAGUAACUCAACAGAAGAUUCCAGUCAGUACUACUGUGAUAAGAAUGACGUAAUUGAGGGAGAUUUACUUUUGGUGCGUAUCAUACCAGACGAAGACGGGAAGUUCGGAUUUAAUCUAAAGGGUGGUGUAGAUCAAAAAAUGCCAUUAGUGGUAUCAAGAAUAACUCCAGGAUCGCCUGCUGAUAAAUGCAUUCCAAAACUGAAUGAAGGUGAUCAGAUAGUAUUAAUUAAUGGUCGAGAUAUCUCAGAGCACACGCAUGACCAGGUGGUCAUGUUCAUAAAAGCCAGCAGAGAAUCUCACACGAGAGAGCUUGCACUUUUGGUCAGGAGGAAAGUAGUUAAACAGUUUGUGGAGCCUAAAUCAGAAGAUGAAGCUGAUUCCCACAAUCUCCCAGAAUCUCUUCUUCCUGUCUGUUCCCAAUAUGGUGGUGAUACACUGGACGAGUCUAUGGAGCAGCUAAGGAAAGGGCUGGAAAGUGGGACUGUCCUCAUUCAGUUUGAGCAACUCUAUAGAAAGAAACCAGGACUGGCUGUUACAUGUGCAAAGGUACCUCAGAAUAUGGACAAGAAUAGAUACAAAGAUGUUCUACCUUAUGAUGCCACAAGGAUAAUACUGCAAGGAGAUGAAGAUUAUAUUAACGCAAAUUAUGUGAAUAUGGAAAUUCCCUCUGUGGGCAUUGUGAAUAGGUACAUUGCUACUCAGGGGCCUCUUCCACAUACAUGUGCACACUUCUGGCAAGUAGUCUGGGAUCACAAGUUGUCACUGAUCAUCAUGUUAACAACUCUAACUGAACGAGGACGGACCAAAUGUCAUCAGUACUGGCCUGAUCCACCAGAUGUAAUGGAAUAUGGCAGCUUUCGUGUCAGGUGCCACUCUGAAGAUUGUACCAUUGCUUACGUUGUUAGAGAAAUGGUGAUUACAAAAGUUGAGACAGAACAACAACACACCGUCACUCAUCUCCAGUACGUUGCUUGGCCUGAUCAUGGUGUUCCUGAUGACUCUAUGGACUUCUUGGAGUUCGUGAACUGUAUGAGGCCAAAGAGAGUAGAGAAUGAGCCGGUCCUUGUUCACUGCAGCGCUGGAAUCGGUCGCACUGGUGUAUUGGUCACUAUGGAAACAGCCAUGUGCUUAAUUGAAAGAAACCAGCCUGUUUAUCCACUGGAUAUUGUACGAAAAAUGCGAGACCAGCGAGCUAUGAUGGUGCAAACAUCAAGUCAAUACAAAUUUGUUUGUGAAGCUAUUCUUCGUGUUUACAAAGAAGGAUUGGUUCGACCACUGGAUUCCAGUUAGCACAGCAGUGAGGGAUGAAUUCUUUUUUCACCUAAAAGACUGCUCUUUAAGUAAAUCAGGGGCUUUUUUCUGAAAGCAACUAGAAUGGACUAGAAGCCCAUGAAAAGACAGAUGAGCACAUUUGAACUGUGGCACUUUAAAUUUCUCAAGAAGAUUGCUAAAUCAUGUACAGUAUAACAGAGUCAUGUAGAUAAAUAUAUGAGAGCAAUUGUGUGUAAUAUGCUUUAUUCACAUAGACAACCAUAAACAAUCAUGGAAACCUUAAUACAUAUCUUUUACUGCCUUAAAACAUCUUUUACUUUAGAAGUUACAAAGAUCCUUGUGUUUCCUUUGAAAUAGCAAAAAGAAAGCUAACAGUAUUGAAAUUAUUCAGCUUAAGAGGGUAUUUAAUAUAUUUUUAUUGUGUGAAAGUUCACUGAAGGUGAAUAUUUGUAACUUUCUUAUUGGGACACUAUAUAUUCAUGGAAAUGUAACCUUGACUUCUAAAAGGCUGACGAAGAGCUUUAAAGGCUAAUGCAUAACUACUGUAUAUUAAGAGCUGGAGAAAGUAAGUAUUCAGUUACCAUAAAUCUAUUAGUAAGUAUGCCAGUUGUUAUAAUAUGCUUCUUAGGAAUCACAUCUGCUGUAUGUGAUGUGCAAAGUAAUGCUGCAUUUAAGCAUUUAUGCAGAUGGUACAAUCUACAUCUUCUGUUGAUCAAUUUUAAUUGCAAGUUGCCCUUUUAGCAGUGACCUACUUCUUACAGUUUUAGUUAUUUUACUCCUUUUGUUCUGUUUCUGCUGUCCAUUCCUUUAUACUUGUCUUUCACUACCGUCUCUAUAGGUAGACUGAAAAUAUUUUAACUUAAAAUGAGGUUUAAUUCUUUGUCACCUUUGUUUCCAUGUGUAUUUAUGAGUUCUCAGAUGUAAAUGUGGAUUAAUGUUGCACACAAGUCCUAGACUUUCGAUUUACUGUAUAUGCGAAGCAGUCUAACCCAAUACUGGAAGAAAAAUUACUACUGAACCCAUAAAUUAUGUUGCUGCUAAUUCAAGGUGUGAAGCUUACAAGGGCACAGCUGUUGCUGGUGUCCAGAUGGUGUUAAAAUGUUGACUUGCUGCCCUUCAGUAAAAACUGCUCUUAUCCAGUGAAACACAACUCCCUUUUGCAAGAGUUCUGUGGAUUUACUGUCUUUCUUGCUUAUGGAAAUGCAGCUAAAUUCACAUGAAGAUUUACAUAGAAAGAGAGAAUGAAUUUGUAUAUUGAUGAAUAAUUCACCCUAAGGUACGCUGGUCUCCAUUUCAUUUCAAAUGGGAGAAUUGGACUUUCUGAACAAUAUAACCACAUUUGUAUGAUGUUAAUUUAUUUUGUGUGUGCUUUUUGAUUACCCUGAGAUAGUUCUUCAUUUUUUAAUAGUGUUUAAAAUAAUAUUCGGAGGAACUGUUUAAAACUCUGUUAUUUAAAAGAUUAGUCCUAAAUAGGGAAAAAAAGUUAUGGUGCAUAUUAGCCAGAUGUUUAUAUGUGUAGAAAAGAGAAAAUUAGAUUAUUUUCUUUUUAGGUAUAUAUACACACUUAUUCAGAUAUAUUUUAGAAUUAUGGUUUCUAUUAUGGAUAUUAUCAUUUAUAUCUGGAGUUUCAUUGUAGAAACUGCCACAGCUCUGCAACAUGCAUCUCUCACGUUACCAGAAGGUUAUGUUUUUUCCCAGAAGGGAGCUGAAAAGUGAAUGUAGGAUGUGCAAAAUUGCUGACUUUUCUCUUCGGUAGGAUUAGUCAUUUCUUCAAGAUUACGUUAUGAGUUAUAGGUAAAGAAGAUACCUGGUUACUAUUUAUUGAUCAAAAGAGUUUUAAUUGGAAAGUGCAGGGUAAUUGGCAAUGUGGAAAGCUUCUUGGCUUUGUUAGGCUGAAGGCUGAAUAAGUUUUUUGCUCAUUCAUAAAAACGGCAUUCCAGAUUUCACUUUCACUGAAGUUUUUGUAAUAUUUUGGACCAUCAUCCUCUUCCUUGACUGGACACAGAUUGGAAGGCAAGAGACCAUAACUCUGGUUCACUUUUAACUUGCUAAACUGUAUCAGGUCACUCAAUCUGUCUGUGACCCCAAAUGUAAAAUGAUACUGGACACCCACAUGUUGCUCAGGAGACUUUUUUUUCUUUUUUUAAUGAGAGUGGAAAAGUGUUGUACAAGGGCUGUCUGCCUGCUGCUGUUGGAGAGAAUGUUGAGCAGUGAGAAAACAGUGUGACCCUUUCCUGCUGGAGGAGCAGUGGACACUAAAGAAUCUGUGCCUGCUGAGUGGGUGGUUAACAGAAGCCUCCCUUUUGUUAUGUGUGUGCCUUUCUGUUAAAAUGUCUUUUUUCUUUUUUUCUUUUAAGUUUUGUUGUGCCCAGAUCUCUAAGUCAUCCCUUGCAGUUGCCAUGACUUGCAGUUAAUAGUUUGUCAAGAAGUGAAAAAGGCAAGGAGGAAAAAGGCAAGGCAAUAAAUAGUAAGAAAAUAUUGAGAGCCUGUCUUUUUCUAUAUCUGUUUCUUUUGUGGAAGUACUUGAUUAAACUUACUGUUUGUGUUCAAGGUUAUUGCUAUAUUCCUAUUGCUAUUUAUGUUUCUUCAUGUUGAAUAUGCAUUUACCAAAACACUGUACAUUUAUUCCGUUUAACUCCAGUGUCAAAAUACAUGGUAGAGGCUUGGAUUACAUUAGUAUGUGUGUGUUUAAAUGAUGAUGAUCAUAUUCUGACAACGAAUGCUGCUCUUGUUGUGGUAAACUUACAUGGUUUAGGUAAUACCAUUCAUGAACUCUUAUUUAGAUUUGAAUAACUUGUUUGAAAUUGCUGGCCACAGAGAGACUACUCAAAGCUAUAAAAAUAGUAAUCUCUGUAAUAUUUGAUUUUUUUCUUUUUUUUUUCUUUUUUCUUUUUUUUUUUUUUUUUUUGUAAAACCAUAGAGCAAAUCUUGACUACGCAAGUAUCUUGUAAUUUGUGUCCAUCUUUAUUUCAGUCUCGCUGGGUUUUGCACAUGUACCUAUAGGGUCCACAGGGGACGAUGAAGGGGGUUUUGUCUUCUCUCUCUAGUAUGUGAUGACUUUGCACUGGAUGAUGUAUGCCUUAGAUCUGAUCUGGCGAUGAAAGUGUAAUUAUGAAAGCAUUUUCUUCAUGCUGCAUUGUCUUUCUACAAGAAUUAGGAAAUUAAAAAGGCAGGUGAUUUUGAUAUUGGGGGGGUGGGGGGGGGAGGAGAAGGUAGAACUCAACAUUUUUAACUCUCAAGCAAUUGACAAAUAGAAGAAAAUGCUGUGAAGUCAAGAUUCUGUAUAACCUUCAUAAAGAGUUUAACCUUCAGUUUUCACCUGUGCUUUUGUACUCAUGACAGUGUUCAAAAUUUCUAGCAUGGCAGUGGAUAAAGAUGGAGGCAUAAGCCUUUGGGGUUUUUCAUGACUCUGAAAUACACUGACAUUUAUUCUUCAAAAUUAAACAAAUUUUAACUAAGUGGCUUUAUAUUUGAUACAAAAGUAACUAAAAUGCCUAUUCAUAGUGUCUUCAGAAGUAUCACAGUGGAACACUUCUGAGAUGGGGGUGGGAGGGACAGAUCUUAUACCAUGUGUUGAAAAUAAGAAAAAUGGUGCCGUAAACCUUGGAUGCCUUUUGUUUAACAGGACGUAUGAAAUAUGAAUUAUUAAAAUACAACCAAAUCUUGAAUACUGGUGGUGUUUUGAAAAAUAAUCAAAAAAUUAUUCCAGAGCUUUGCCAUCACUAAUCCUGUCUUUUAAGUGUUGGUACUAAAUUAUAUGCAAUCAAAAUGUACUUAAGAAUUCAGCAAUAGCUCUUCAUAUACGCUUAUUUUUUUUAACAAUUGGUUCUCUGUUUCCCAUUCCUUUUUUCUGCUAUGCAAUAGUUGGUUAAAUAUAUAUAUAUACACACAUUUGUGGUUCUGAAAUAUCUAAAGACCUGUGCAUUUGCUUUAUUACAAGCGUUAUAUGAUACUGGUUUGCAACAAAAGUUCUUCCCUGUAGAUAAUGUUCUUAUGUGUCUGACUAAAUGCAUAAAUGGUCCACUGAUUGAAAGUGUGAAAAAUACACAUGGUUCAUAUUCAGUCAAUUAAAAUUUAAACAUAGUUAUUUCACUGAUAAUGACUUUAUUGUUAUGUCUUGAAAUGUAGCAUUCAAGUGCAAGUUUAUUUUACUCAUUCACAUAAAACCUUUCCAGAAAGAAUGUGCACUGGGAAAUGUUUGUGUUUCAGUUGGUAACCUGCAAUUAGUCUACUUGGUUAAAAGCAUUUAUUAAUUGAAACUAUGCGGAAGGUAAAGUUGUGUCAUGAAAUACUUUGUUCAAAGGAAGUUGAAAGCCAAGUGAAUGAUUAAUUCAUUGUAUAAAACAUAAUGUUUUGAUUAAAUGGAUUAUCUUGCAUUUAAGUUCUGACACUGAUAGUGUUAAACCAUCUCAGGUGACUCUGCUUUAACAAUAGUAUUAUAGUAACAGUUGAAAUAUAGCAAUCUAAUGCAAUUUGAUAUUGAUGAUAUUGCACAUGAUAUUGAUGGAUUUAACCAUUUCUCAGUUCAGACUAAUCCUGUGACAGUUGUGGUCUGAUUUGACCACUACUAUGCAGAGCAACUGUUGAGAACCAAGAAAAUAAUAGAAAAAGCAGAUUGUGUGGACUGCUGACACUGUUUAGUUUCGGUUGUCAUUAACAGACUAGAAACUGUUGUGAGGCUUGUUUUAUUUUGUCUUGCUUUUUAAAAGACAUUCAUCUUAAGAGCUGACUUUUGGAAUGGGGAGUAGAAUGUGCCUUUAUUGACUCUCCUAAUUUUGUUGCAGACUACUUGGGUGGGAGACUUGGAUAAGAGUCUUAGAUUGUGUGGUAUUUUGAGUUUAACUGAAGGUUUUUAAUCUCAUUAAAUUCUUCUUUGAAAUAUUAAAGCAUUGAUUUUAAUAGACGUUAAUGAAACACUUCAGUUUGCUGUUAGUUGCUCAGCUUCUGUUUUCUUGGCUUUGAUGUUGUUUCUUGAGUUGUCAUUAUUUUACUGUAUAAAAACGUCCUGAGGUUCCCCACAGCUGUAAAACUGGCUUUGUUGCAGACAGGCUAAGUGAUGUUGCUGUUGCUUAAGAUACGAUAUUACUUAACCUGCUGAAGGUGUAAUGGGGUGUUCAGACCAACCUCAACUGAGCUGCUUUCUGAGGAAUUCAAACAGUGCUGCUAACAGUGGUAAAAAUCACAGAGAUAUCUCAAAAAAGCAUGUAGGAAAUGUUUUGUUCAGGGCAGAUAAGACCUGGUUCUUAUUUAAAAUUUAAAAAUAAAAAACGAUGAAAUGUUUUUAACAGCUAAGGUAGGUGUAGGAAAUGCAAUAUUUUUUUCCCUUUGCAAAACAUUUUUCCAUGUUUUGAAUGCAUCUUUUCCUUUAGAACAAUUUCUUUAGUAAAGAGCCCUGCUGUUGAUAGGUUUUAAUUUUUGUCAGACUGACCUAGAAAAUAAUUUUAAGCUGAACUUUUUUCCCCAUUUACUGCUUUGUGUUUUUAAGUAACAUUAAACAAAACUCAAAUCUAUUCCUUCUAAAACUUACUUGGGCUGUUUUCAUUUCACGUCUUUUUCCGAGACAUAAAUGGAACCUGAUUGUGCCUGGAUAACUAGUGAGGAUGCCACACAUGUUAAGACACUUUGCUCGAUCUACUAAAUCUAUUGCCUAACAUCACUUACCAACUGAAACCAGUCUAGCAUCAUGUUUCUAUCAGCCUUUUGCCAAAUAACCAUCUUGUAAAUGGGAAGCCUUUGGAGCUUGCUCUCCUGAGCAUUAGGAAGUCUUCUUGUGCUGAACUAGAACUGAUGCUUAAAAAAAUAAAUAAAAUAAAAUUAAAAUCUGGAUCUUCAAGUAAGAAAGGUUUGUUUACCCAAAUAUAUAAAAAACACACUUACACCUUUUACAAAGAAAAAAUAGUUUCUCUGUUUAAAAAAAAUAAUAAUAAUACUAAUUUCUAGCAGCUUACAAUCUUCUUUGUGGCUGCAUCUGUGUAGUCAUAAACUAAAACAGUUCUCAACUGGUAAGCAGUAUGGCCACUAAAGCACAGAGAAGUCGACAUUGACCUAGCUACCUGAUUAAUUUCUCAACUUUGUUGUGAAUGGUUGGUUGCAACCCUGGUUCAGAAGUCCUGGCUGCAGAAUGGAAGGAGAAAGGGCUGCCUUCCUUCGGGAAGAGAUCGAAAGCCUGCUCAGUAAACCAGCAGUCUCUAUUGGCCUUAGUGGGGUUGUACCUGUAUUAACUAACCGGAGCAGCCCAGUUUCAUGUACAGUCAAAUGUAUCUACGUGAGUUUGCAAGAAUAGCGAAGCCAAAUGUUCAUUUUGCAGGGGAAAAAGUCUCAGACCAGGGGUGUUAAUUUUCAUGGGCUUAAUUUGCUUCAAUUAAGCAGCAGGUUAGCUUGGUAACUGUUGAGUUAUUCUUGAUCAGUGCUCUUCUAAUUCAGAGAUUCACAUACAUGAAUAAAAAUCUGGUGUAACCAUUGCUUUCCUAGUUUUUAAUAGAAAUUAAAUUACUGUCUGUAGAAAUUAGGUGGCAAAUUAGUAUAUGUGCUCAAAUUUAGAUGUAUUUCAAAUCCAGAUUUUGCAAAAUCAAUUACAAGUAUCAAUGCUUAUAUUCCAGUGACCUGUGCAGUGAAUACUCAAGAUAAUUUAGAUUUUUCACACGUCAUUGUGUAACCUUUAUAGAGAAAAACAAGAUAAAUAGUGAGGACAGUCCUAUCAAGGUUUUGAAAAUCUGCCAGGCAUUCAUAGUAACUAAUGUGAUUGGUUAAAACUGACCUUCAUUGCAACUGGUACAAAAAUGUGCUUAAUAGUACGUGAAUAAAUUGCAUAACAGCUGGGAAAGCCAAAAUUGGGAGGAUUUUGCAAGCUUUGCAAGAGAUUCCACUAUUCUGGUCACUAAGUUUGUAUUUUCAUACACGAUAACAUUUUUUUCAGAGAUGCAGAAGAAGCAAAGACAAUAUGCAUUGAGCGACUUGGGCUAUUUUUUGUUUUAAUGGUGGUUUCUGUAGCACUCGAUAGUUUCUUUUUCUGAGAUCUUAGGUUCCAGUGCUUUAAAGGAAUAAAAGAAUGUAUUUGGAAGGUAAGGACAGAGUUUUUGUAUCCUAAGCUGUACUUUUCUUUUGAAUCAUUUAAGAUGUAAAUCGAUGUUGUUAUUACAAAGCUUAAUUUAUUGUUUAAAAAUGUAGACACUUCUUGAAAUGAAUGUAUCAUUUUUCUUGUUAUUUUUAUAGGAAUAAAGUAUUGGUUAAUGUUUUCAGUA